AUGAAGCUCUUCGCUCGUCUCAACGUAAUUGUGCUGCUCGCAAUCUCGGCUCUGCUACUUGUGGCAUGGAAUCUGCGCUCAUAUCAUCCGAUCACGCGAGCAAAAAAAGUCUGGAGUCGCCAGACGACUGAAAUCGUAGUGUUUGGAGACUCGUGGAGCACCAACCGCCUCGAACUGCCUACCGUGCAAGCACCAGCGCCACCCAACAAGAAGCUAUGGGUCGACACUCUUUGCGCAGAGGUUGUUUGCGACCGCAUCUACGACCUUGCCCAAUCACUGCCAUCCCAUCCGUCCCACCGCCGCGGCCCCGUGGUCGACAACGACAUCUACACCAAUCUUACCAGGUCGAUGAACUUCACUGCUGGCCAUGAGAACAUUGGAGAUUUUAGCCACCAAGUUGACGAAUACCUCGCCCAAGACGAUGCUAGAUGGCAAGAUUAUGGAGAACAAAGGGGCACAAAGACGACAAUCAUCUUCACCGUCUUCUUCGGUAUCUGGGAGCUUUGGGACUUUGUAGACCUACCAGAAGGGGCUGUAUUACCUGCUGUGGUCGAUUGCAUUGCUUCCAUGUUUGCCCAGCUAGACCGCCUCGUCCAAGCCAAGUCGGUCUCGUCGCUUCGUCCAACCGUCAUCAUACCCACCGUACCGGAUCCCAGCUUCUUCCCUCGCUGGAUCAGCCAGCGUACAUCUGCCAACGGCACAGACAAGUACGGUCAGCUCCAGCGGCACGCCGUUAUAUUGACCGAUCUCUGGAACAACGUGCUGCAAAAGCAGGUUGCCAACUGGAACAAAGCUGAUGUUGUCAUGCCCGACUUUGAUGCUUGGAUGCUCGAGAAGAUGCGUGAACCCGAGAUCGACGAGACCGACCUCACACCAGUCGCCAGUAUCAUGAAGGACGCUAAAUUUACCGAGUUGACCCAACCCUGUGUCAGUUACACCGCUCCAUCCAGUGGAUAUGGAAUCGAAACCCAGCCAUUUACGAUAUGCGAUGAUCCGUCGCACUUCUUGUUCUGGGAUGACACGCGUUUGAGCGGCGCCGCACAUGAGCUAUUUGGCAAACACGUCGCUCAAAUUCUUCGUAACCACACUCUCGUCAACUAG